UAGGAGGGCCCAGUUAUGAAGGAAGAUACAAUAGACCCAAAACUCUGGGUACCCAUUAACCGAGAUAGACCUAUUUUCGGCCCACAAAUUCCGGUUCGCUUUCCUCGUCCUCCCUCCCAUCUUCUUCGAUUUGUACUGAAAUUAUUUUACUACAAUUUCGCACAAAUCUCACCGCUAAAGCGAUCGAUUACGAAACUUCAGGUUAGCAUGGGGGUAUAUCUGAGCACUCCCAAAACUGAAAAGAUAUCCGAGGAUGGUGAGAAUGACAAGCUUAGGUAUGGCUUGUCAUCCAUGCAAGGAUGGCGCUCAACCAUGGAAGAUGCUCAUGCAGCUUAUACUGAUUUGGACAAUUCAACCUCUUAUUUUGGUGUUUAUGAUGGACAUGGAGGCAAAGAAGUUGCAAAAUUUUGUGCCAAUUAUCUUCAUCAACAGGUGCUUAGUCACGAAGCUUACGUAGCAGGAGAUUUGGCCACAUCUGUUCCGAAAGCUUUUCUGAGAAUGGAUGAAAUGAUGUGCGGAGAAAGAGGGCAAAGAGAGUUGGCUUUAUUUGCUGGCAAAAUUGACCAACCUAGGGGUAUUUUAGAAGGCUCAAUACAGUCACCUAAGAGUGGUGAAGUUAAUGGCCAAAUAGACGACUGGUCUUCUAAGGAGGGAGCUCUCUCUGAUUACAAUGGACCAUCUGCUGGAUGCACAGCUUGUGUUGCACUUGUCCGAGACAAUCAACUUCUUGUUGCAAAUGCUGGAGACUCCCGUUGUGUUCUUUCUCAGAGGGGUCAGGCACACGAUCUUUCCAAGGAUCACAAACCUGACCUUGAAGCUGAGAAAGAAAGGAUACUGAACGCUGGUGGAUAUGUCCAAUAUGGACGAGUCAAUGGGAGCCUCAACCUGUCUAGGGCAAUUGGAGACAUGGAACUGAAGCAAAACAGAUCGUUACCCGCUGAAAAGCAAAUUGUGACAGCAAACCCUGAUAUAACCACUGUUGAGCUAUCCGAUGAUGAUGAUUUUCUUAUUAUCGCUUGUGAUGGAAUAUGGGAUUGCAUGUCAAGUCAAGAAGCAGUUGACUUUGUACAAGAACACUUGAAUUCAGAAAGUAAACUAUCUACAGUGUGUGAAAAAACGCUUGAUCGCUGUUUGGCACCAUCGUCUGGUGGGGAAGGUUGUGAUAACAUGACCAUGAUCCUAAUACAGUUCAAGAAAAGUAUUGACAGAAAAGCGUCGAAGUCAUCUGAUCAGCAAGCCGAACCAAAUCAUAAUGUACCCGGUCCUUAAGCUAACUUCCAGACUUCUAGUUUUGCAUUGUUGAGUUACAUGUUUUGUUUGUAGUAAUUUCUCAUGGUACAUCGUUGGUCUGAGAGAAACUCAUUUGUAAAUGUUGAUUUUCAUAAGAAAUAGUGUUUCUGGAGUUAAUGCACGUAUCUUUUUGUUGGUGGAUACAAACUGAAAAUAUGAUCUUUCUACUUUCAAUAUUGAACAAUA